CUGGGCGUCGGGCACCGGGCGGGCAGGUCGUCUCUCCGCGAGUUGGAGCUCGCCCACGCCGGGGCAGGAGGCCGGGGCCCCCGGGCAGCCGCGGCCGUGGGGGAAGCGCGGGCCAGGCUCUGCGUUCCUGGACCCGAUCUCCGGGACUCUGGCUCGAGGGUCGCCUGCCUGUAGCGCCCCGUCUGUGACUAGCUGGGACCAGCCGUGAGUCCCGAGUACCCGAGCGAUGUGCGGUAUUGCCUGUUGUGCGCGCAGGCCGGGUAGCCAGCUUCGGGAAGGCACCCCAGCGCGGCUGUCCGGUAUCCCCGCCAGUGCCUAGUGUGGGAAACCCCUGAAGGGGGCCUCGGGGACACUCGAGUUCGGGGUGCGGCCUGCAGAAUUUUGGUUUCUGGAGGAACUUAACUCGACCAGGUCUCCCGGUGGGCUUUCUACAGCUAUGAAACCUACAUUGUGGGGCACCACGAUGCUUCUGUUGGCCGUAUGAUGAGGAGGAGAAGUUGGCUUUGGAGUGCUGGGAGCCUGAGAAGUUGCUGAACACCAGCGCACCCAGCCCGCCCACCGGCCAGCCCACAACACAAUGAACAAACUGACCUUCCAUAACAACAAAGUCAUGCAGGACCGCCGCAGAGUGUGCAUUUUCCUCCCCAAUGACAAGUCCGUGAGCAUCAUCAUAAAUGUUAAAAUUCUGUGUCACCAGUUGCUGGUCCAGGUGUGUGACCUGCUCAGGUUAAAGGACAGUCACCUCUUUGGUCUCAGUGUUAUACAAAAUAACGAACAUGUAUAUAUGGAAUUGUCACAAAAGCUUUAUAAGUAUUGUCCAAAAGAAUGGAAAAAGGAGGCCAGCAAGGUACGGCAAUACGAAGUCACUUGGGGCAUCGACCAGUUCGGGCCUCCCAUGAUCAUCCAUUUCCGGGUGCAGUACUACGUGGAAAAUGGAAAGCUGAUCAGUGACCGAAUUGCGAGAUACUAUUAUUACUGGCACCUAAGGAAACAGGUGCUGCACUCUCAGUGUGUGCUGAGAGAGGAGGCCUACUUCCUGCUGGCAGCCUUUGCACUGCAAGCUGACCUCGGCAACUUCAAAAGGAAAGUGCACCAUGGAGACUACUUCGAGCCAGAGGCUUACUUCCCGCCAUGGGUUGUUUCCAGAAGAGGGAAGGAAUACAUCCUAAAGCACAUUCCGAACAUGCACAAAGACCAGUUUGCGCUGACCGCCUCUGAGGCAUAUCUGAAGUACAUCAAAGAGGCCGUCCGACUGGAUGACGUUGCCAUCCAUUACUACAGACUGUACAAGGAUAAAAGGGAGGUUGAAGGUUCACUGACCCUGGGACUGACCAUGCGAGGAAUACAGAUUUUUCAGAACCUAGAAGAGGAGAAACAGUUGCUGUAUGAUUUCCCCUGGACAAAUGUUGGGAAGUUGGUGUUUGUGGGCAAGAAGUUUGAGAUCUUGCCGGAUGGCCUUCCGUCCGCCAGGAAGCUGGUGUAUUACACAGGCUGCCCCACGCGCUCCCGGCAUCUCCUGCAGCUGCUGAGCAACAGCCACCGCCUCUACAUGAACCUGCAGCCUGUCCUGCGCCACCUCCGCAAGCAGGAGGAGAGCGAAGAGAAAAAGCAGUACCGGGAAUCCUACAUCAGUGACAACCUGGACCUCGACAUGGACCCGCUGGAGAAGCGAUCCCGUGCCAGCGGCAGCAGCGCGGGCAGUGUGAAGCAUAAGCGCCUGUCCCGCCACUCCACGGCCAGCCACAGCAGCUCCCACACGUCUGGCAUCGAGGCAGACACUAAGCCCCGGGACCCAGGUCCAGAAGACGGCGGUUCAGGCAGCGCCAUGCACCGCAAGCUGAAGACCUGCAGCUCCAUGACCAGCCACGGCAGCUCCCACACCUCAGGGGUUGAGAGUGGAGGCAAAGAUCGCCUGGAAGAGGACUCGCAAGAUGACGAAAUAGAGAUGCUGGUCGAUGACCCCAGGGACCUGGAGCCGAUGACCGAAGAGUCGCUGGAAGUCAGCCCGGAGAUGUGUAUCUACAUCACAGAAGAUAUGCUCCUGUCGAGGAAGCUGAACGGGCACUCAGGGUUAAUUGUGAAGGAAAUCAGUUCGUCCACCUCCAGCUCCUCGGAAACGGUUGUCAAGCUGCGUGGACAGAGCACCGACUCUCUUCCACAGACAAUAUGUCGAAAACCAAAGACUUCCACCGAUCGGCAUAGCCUGAGCCUUGAUGACAUCAGACUGUACCAGAAAGACUUCCUGCGCAUUGCUGGCCUGUGUCAGGACACUGCUCAGAGCUACACGUUUGGGUGUGGCCAUGAACUGGAUGAGAGCGGUCUCUACUGCAACAGCUGCUUGGCUCAGCAGUGUGUCAACAUACAAGAUGCUUUUCCAGUGAAAAGAACCAGCAAGUACUUUUCUCUGGACCUCACUCAUGACGAAGUCCCAGAGUUUGUUGUCUAAGUCACCCCGCGGGCAGCCCUGCGGGCAGCCGCUGUCUGCUGGAGGCUGUGGAGUCUGAGGGUCUUUACACAUUAUUUGUGCCAUAAUUUUUUCACCCCAAACUUAGCUCUUUCUUUAUAAUAUUCAAGAUGGAAACAAAAGCCUUGGGACAGUUGCACUUUAAGUAUUAUGCAGAGGUAAAAGAAACACAGAAUGUAAAAGGAAGACAAGUGCCCAGAUGUUUAUUGCACCUUUAGAAAGAAGCGUGCUUUCCGGCUUUACCUGGUUUUCAAACUGUUAGACUGCAGUGUUUGUUCAUCUUUUGUUUUCCAGUUCAAAUAUGUGUUUAUCACGUGAAAGACGUUGACUUGCCUAUUUGCUUUUGAGUUUUUAGCCACGCCCUCAUGAAGUGCUUACAGUGAGGAGGACAGAGGGAGUUCUCUCUUCUUUUAUGGAGAGCCAUUCUUAGUACAUAGCCAUUGCUGCCUCACAGAGGUUGGUGUGAGUCGUAUAGUUCUAGCCAAAGAUGCGUAUGUGAUGGCAGCCCCACUCAGGAGUCCCGAAGGCGUGCUGGGACGCCUGGGCUCCUUCACGCAUGGACAGUGCUACGUCCGCUGUUUUGUUCUUCCAGGAGCCUCCCAGGAAGCUCUGGGAUUCGCCUGUGCUCGUGACAUGGUGCAUUUUGCAGUUUACAAAGAUGGUGUAUGUUAAGAACCAAUGGAAAUGUCUCAGAAGACAUUUGUUUGGUGGUUGGUUUUUAAUGGUGGCAAACAGAUGGUAAUGCUAGUUUCUGCUUUAACAAGAUACCCUGACUGUAUGUAUAUGUUAUACAUAUCUAGAUACAUGGGACUCUGUGUUUAUAUGUGUUUGAAGCUUAGUGGCUUUUCAUUUGGACUUCAGUGUAUGUCUUGCACACACAGAAUUCCUUGUUUAAUGUCGAAGAUGCUUAGCCACAGACAAUCAGUUGAUAAAUGUAGAGUUAAGAGUGACUUUUCCAUGUGUGCCUUUGGCCAAGAUUCUCAGCCCUGAUUGCAUAAAUAGACUUGUCCAGAGAG